UUGAUGCGGAAACACAGCUAAGGCAGCUUCCUCUAGAUUAGCUGCUUAGCUAAACACCCAAUGCAACACAACAAAAAUACUUUGACUCGGGGUGAACCUAGAAUCAUGUUUUCCGCUUAGAUCACAGCUUUUAGGCUGUUAGGUAGUGACUUCCGCUCCGGCGGUGGUUCAGCUGAAGCGUCUGACAUUCUGACAGCGGCUAACCCUCUGCAGGAAAUUAUCUCGUUAGCCUCGAUUACCAGUCGAGUGGUGAGGCUUUAACUUUUCUUUUAUAUGCUAAUUUUAAAUAACAGAGAAAUGGACUCCGAGGCGAUAGUGAUCCGUAUAAAAACCCCUUUAGGGGACAUGGACUCGCCUGAGUACUAUCCUUCUCUCCUGAACUUCAAUGACUUGCUGGAUGCAAUAAGAGACGUGAUGCCAGAAGCCACUGUCACGGCCUUUGAGUAUGAAGAUGAGGUGGGAGACAGGAUUACUGUAAGAAGUGAUGAUGAGCUGAAAGCUAUGUUGUCAUAUUACUGCAACACAAUGAAUGAACAACGCAUGAAUGGAAUGCUGCCAGACCCGCUACAGAUUUUUCCAAGAGCCGGCAAGACUCCAGGGAUCCGGAACAUACAUGGCCUGAAGGUUAAUACAAGACCUAACCCAGGCAAUGACUGCCCCCAAGUAGUUCCAGACUCAAUGACCAACAACAGCUUGAAAAAAUCUUCCGCUGAGCUGAAAAGGAUUUUGACAAAUGGUCAAAUAAAUGCCCAAGACAUCCACUAUCAGGAGCAACUUGGCCAUGGAAAUGGAGGCACGGUUUAUAAAGCAUACCAUGUUCUCAGCAAGCGUGUUUUAGCUGUCAAGGUAAUUCCUUUGGAUAUCACGGUGGAAUUACAGAAGCAAAUUAUGUCCGAAUUAGAAAUUCUCUACAAGUGUGAUUCGCCCUACAUCAUUACUUUCUUCAGUGCCUUUUUUGUGGAGAACAGGAUAUCCAUAUGCACAGAGUUCAUGGAUGGUGGAUCUUUGGACGUCUAUAAAAGAAUACCAGAGCAUGUGCUGGGGAGGAUCGCAGUGGCGGUGGUAAAAGGCCUGACUUAUUUGUGGAGCCUUAAGAUACUUCACAGAGAUGUCAAGCCUUCCAAUAUGCUGGUGAACACCCGAGGACAAGUCAAGCUGUGUGACUUUGGUGUCAGCACGCAGCUGGUAAAUUCUAUAGCCAAAACCUACGUGGGGACCAACGCAUACAUGGCACCAGAGAGGAUAUCAGGAGAGCAGUAUGGAAUCCAUGCUGAUGUCUGGAGUGUGGGCAUCUCUUUCAUGGAGCUGGCACUUGGCAUGUUCCCCUACCCACAAAUUCAGAAAAACCAAGGAUCUUUAAUGCCUCUUCAGUUACUGCAAUGCAUCGUUGAUGAGGAUCCUCCGGUGCUUCCUGUUGGACAGUUCAGCGAGAAGUUUGUUCACUUCAUCACUCAGUGCAUGAGGAAGAGCCCCAAGGAGAGACCUGCACCUAAUAACCUCCUGGAUCAUUCUUUUAUAGUCCAGUAUAACGAUGGGAAUGCGGAGGUGGUAUCGAUGUGGGUGUGUCGCUGUCUGGAGGAGAGAAGAGCUCCGCAGGUUCAGUGAUGCAUCUGGUUCCCUCCUGUCGUCCGACUCCAAACCGUGGACACCGAUGAAACACUUUGGGGUCAAGGACAUCCUAAUGCUCCAGUGAAAACCAGUCCAGUUGUUUGAUAUUUCAGUGAGAAUCUUUAUGUAACACUUCUGUGACGGGACUUGGAGUCUCUGUAGAGCCCAAACGAAGAGCAUCUCCUGCAGCAGAUGCUUCCCCGCCUGAUGAGGAGAAAGAUUCUGACUCAAUGCAUCAAAAACAAUAAACAAGUCCACACGGGACAGAUGAGGGCUGCCACGGUUGUGCUAUACAGAUGACAGCCGUCAGGUGAAUGUCAAGGUUUCCUCCUGUGAGUAACGGCCCAUCUUCUGUGCCUGUUUUAUUUAUUACCUCAGCAGCUAAACUUGGAAUUGUUCGACAUCCGUUGCCAAAAAAACAAAAACCUUCUUUCUGCUUCUAGAACAAAUGUGACCAGUAAAACCACUUGGGACCACGUUGUUGUUUUCUGGUAUGAAUUAAUUGUACAGUGAGUGAGUUUAUGAUUUGGUUGUUUAUCUUUUCUGCCUCCAGCUGAAGUCCUCCGGAUGAAUCGUCUCAUCGUCCUCACAUGUUUAACAGCUUUCUUAGUUUGACUCACUGAUGAGAACAUUAAUCGGAAAACCUUAACUUAUGUUCUUUCAAAGAUUUAUUUACAUUAUAACCAAAAGGUCCUUCCUUUUCUUUAUUAAAGACGUGUGUGGAACACCAAAGAGUAGCUGAAUUACUGGAGUUUAUCACAGCUGAGGCCAGUGUAAUGAAAUUUACGACAAAAUAAAUUACUUAGAAAAGUAUUUAUGUAGAUAUCUGCAUCAAUAAAGUACACUUAACGGUGUUACUCCUAAAAGUGUUGUUUACACACGUUUGUGUGAGGCGUAACCAUGACAAUCACAUCAGUGUCAUGAGAAACAACCAGUUCAACAUCUUUCAGUUUGAUGGGUUACAAACACACACACACACACACACACACACAUCCAAAAUCCUCAUUAUUUAGAAAAUGUUUUGUUAUGCAAACAUGCCUUUGCUAUUUUUGCUGUUUUACUUGUUUAAAAUCUUUUUAGGACGACUCUGAUUAAUUGUGGGUUUUUAACUAGCACUUUCAGAUUUAACUGGGUGUAAUUUACACUCCCAGUGCUAUGGAUAGGUCUGUUAAACUGGUUGUAUUCAGAAUUUGGGUUUAUUUUCUUAGAAGAAUUGGGCCCAGACCACUUUAAAUAACAGUAUUGCUAUAACUGUUAGAAUAUGAUUCCAGCACUCUUGUUAUUAUUAUUUAAAUGUAUUUAUUUCCAUUUACUGGGGAUGUUAAAUUAGAGAGGCUGAUUUUUAUGAGCUUCAUUCAGCAAAACUACUGUUUGUAUCAGAAAGCUCAAGAUUGAAAUUCAUCACAUCCUGUUUUAAAUGAUCUUUGUUUAUCUUAUUUUGAAGAGGACAAUAAUAAAAUCCUGAAAUAUUCUAAUAGUUGCACAAUAACUAAAUCAUAUUUACUGUAUUUCUCCAAACUGUCAGGUCUGUUGAGUUGCAUCAAAACCAAAUGCAGAAAUACUUCAAUCUGCAAAAAUCAAGUCUUAAAUGUUUUCAUUGGAAAGCAACUUCAAAGAUAAAGCAGCAUUUUCUUACACCUUUCUUUAUGAGUGUAUCACACAUUGAAUAGCCUUUGUGUAUUAAAUGUGCUAUAUGAAUAAAGCUGCCUUGCCUUAUAUCGUAGUGUGUUUUUACAGUCAUCGUAAACAAAUUUUGUGAGCUUAAAGCCUUUUUUUUUGUUACUUUUAAAAACGUCAGAUGGUUGGCCAAAUGUUGAUAUUCAGAAGAAACAUUAAAGCUGUAAUAUUCAGAUGAUGAUCUCUCCUGUAAAUGGUGUGUUGGCACACAUAAUUUACUCAUAUUCAAUAAAACAGAUGUAAAUACA